GGGCGCACUUGCAAACUAGCAGUGCUGCGAUGAGCUACAUUUAGAAAUGGGGACGUCGACAGCAAGCAUCAAAACAUCAAAACAGUUGUACAAGUAUCUUCUAAGAGCUUGUGAAAAGUUGCCUAGAGAGGCCCACAGUCACUACAAACAUCAUGUCAGACAGGGUUUCCGUAGCCAUGCUGAUGAAUUGGAUUCGAUGAGGAUCAAACAGAUUAUCGCGAGGGCAAUGCAAGAUGCAGAAUGGGUCCUCAAUAAGUAUGCAGACAAAGACAGCAAGACGUGACAAUGUCUCCCUUUCAUUGGAUAGUGCUGGUGUACGGUAGCUGAAAUGUUGGACAGCAUUUUUCUCUCAAAACCUGGACUUGUCAUCUUUUUGUUCUACAAUCCCGAGCAAGUUGGAAGCAGGCUACUUGGACAUGAUGUUGGAGUUUGCUGUUGAAUUUGACGGCCUUAAAAACAAUUGUGUUUGUUGCAAAUCCUGAACAGUGUGGACACAGACUGAUGGGGAAAUAUGCUGGGUUUAUAGCAGAAUGAGCUUUGCCUACCCUUUGGAAGUUUGAAUCGUGUUGUAGCUUAUUCAGGUAUCGGAAUCAAGAUUUGAAGGGAGUAAUCGCAACAUUUCCCCAGUUUUCACAUCUUAAAUGCUGUUACAUAAUAUUACAAACAAAAUGUAUUGCAUAUCCCAAUGAUCCAAAUUUCCUUGAAAUGCUUGGAGUUGUUUAUUUUAAUACUGUAACAAGCAUCGCUAGUUAACAACCAUGCAGCAGGGGUCUGGUCCAAGGAUGUUCGAUCCCUGUGAAUGCGGUGGAAGGCCCCAGCCCCCAGCAAUAACCUUGCGAAACCCUGUGAAAUAAUACCUUGUGGAUUGGGUGGAUGGGGUGAAUUAAUUUCACAACAACAAAAAAAUGAUAAGAAACGGGUGAAUUCUUUGACUAAUAUACUGGUCCCAUCUUCCAUUAAUUAAGAAGACGUAGAUCUGUGGGUUUUAUUAAAUCCUGCUUGUUCUCCCAUGGCCGGCCAUAGGCUUGUACUCGACUCGUAGCUCACUGUGUGUGCAUUCUUAGUUCCCUACUGAAACAUGCACAAAGUUAAUAGCAUUAUGAUCUACCAUUGCCACGCAGUGUCUUGGGGACACACCCACUAAAAACUGUAAGCCAAUCAGAUUUUAGAUGCAUUUACAUGGCAUACAUGUACAAAGCUAAUAGCCCUGUCAUAAUCUACCAUUGCCUGAUGCAUGUCCUGCCUAGCCUGCUGUGACUUGGGAGCACGCCCCUUCAGAACUCUUGGCCAAUCAUGACUAGUGAUCCUGAUGGCGUGAUGCUUAGCAAGAGUUAGUGCUAACAUGUUCCAAACAUACAGAUGGUGACCUCUCGCCUAAGUAAUAUUAAAAGACUCGCCAAUACAAUUAAUCGACUUCAUCAGUUACUUUUGCUGUAUGUAAUAUUCUGAAUCACCAUGUCAGGAGAUGUGAUAUAAUAAAAUGGAUUGUUGGAUCAUUCAGUCAA